GUACAGUAAGCUGUCAGAAGCUUGUUGCUUAAAUCUGUGCAGUGACACAAAGUCCGCAGGAAACAACCAGCGUCAAAUCUGGGGACGAGUGGGAACUGAAGUGCGGUUGGAUUCAUCUCUCCCGGGGUCAACCUGACACCUCGGUGUCCGCAGCUUCAGUCCGGUGCCGCCGCGUCGUCUCUGCCCGAGCUGCUGCGUGAUCGCCGUCUCCUCCGGGAUGAUGAGAUCACCAGUAGAAAGUGCCUUUGAGAAGAUAUCCCCAACUUGAAGUUGAUCCAUGUACAUCGGUCUGUGUCUAUGCUGUUUUUAAGACCAGACUCAAGCACCAGCACAGGAUACCUCAGCUGCAAGCACUUCACCACCACUUUGCACAGUUUUAGCACCUGAUAUUUUGCUAGAAUAGAGCCAUAAUUGUGAAUUAUGACCUGAGAAUUACUAAACGAACAAGUCUACACUAAAUUUCCCUCACUUGACUGAUAUUUAUGGACAAUAUACACUUGGACUUGACAUUAAAAAAACACAACCACCUUUAUUUCCCAUUGAUGGGAGAUUUCUCGGCUAUCUCAUCUUUCUGUUCCAGCUGAUGGAGGACUCACCAGGUUGUCUUAAAACAGGACUUGGUUCUUACGGUCAACCUAAAGCUUUCAGUGCAUGAGGUGCACAACAACAAGACUGACUUUUAAAAUUUAAUGCACGAGUAAAACCUUUGGACAUGGCGUUGAACCUCUCUUCAGUAAGAGACACAAAAUGGCUAACUCUGGAGGUGUGUCGGCAGUUUCAGCGGGGAAACUGUUCUCGUAGGGAUGAGGAAUGCAAAUUCGCUCACCCGCCGAAGAGCUGCCAAGUUGAAAAUGGUCGCGUUAUCGCCUGCUUUGAUUCUCUGAAGGGCCGAUGCUCAAGAGAAAACUGCAAGUACCUUCAUCCACCUUCGCACUUAAAAACCCAGUUAGAGAUAAAUGGGCGCAACAAUCUAAUCCAGCAGAAGACGGCCGCAGCUGUACUCGCCCAACAGAUGCAGCUUGUGAUCCCUGGACCAAGUCUGCAGCCUGUGGGACUUGGCACAAAUCCCGGUCUUGGUUAUGGUUCAUACAUGACACCAUUAAGCCAUGGAAUGAACCUGGUUCCCUCAGACAUCCUCCCCAGCCCCUCAGUUCUUGUUCCUGGGAGUCAAUCUAUGACAGUCCACAGUUCUUCUUCUUCCUCCUCUUCUUCUCCCUCACAGAAGCUGCAGCGUUCAGACAAACUAGAGGUCUGUCGUGAGUUUCAGAGGGGAAACUGUGCGAGAGGGGAGACAGAUUGCCGUUUUGCUCACCCCAGCGACAGUCCCAUGAUUGACACCACUGACAACACUGUCACUGUUUGCAUGGACUAUAUCAAGAGCCGCUGCUCCCGGGAGAAGUGCAAGUAUUUUCACCCGCCUGCACACUUGCAGGCUAAAAUCAAGUCCAGUCAACAACAAGUCAGUCAGUCAGCCGUCGCAGCCCAGGCCGCAGCUGCAGCCGUGACUCAGUCGACUGCCAAAGCAAUGAAGCGACCCCUCGAGGCAACUGUAGACCUGGCCUUUCCCCACAGUGUCCUGCAAUCCCUACCAAAGAGACCAGCCCUAGAGAAGAGCGGCUGGGCCAGCUCUCUCCUUAGCCCCAGUUUUUUGCACUACCAUCAGGCUCUGGCCAAUGCGCAGCUGCAGCAGCCUACGACAGCAUUUUACCCCACAGGGUCUGUCUUUUGCAUGGCUCCAGCUAACAGCAUUGUCCCCAUGAUGUACAGUGCUACGCCUGCUACUGUCUCUGCAGCAACUACUCCCGCCACAAGUGUCCCCUACGCAGCAACAGCAACAGCCAAUCAGAUCAUCCUCAAGUAACCACCAGAAACAGGAGUCAGUGCCACAUUGCUGCUGUUAAAGGUCCCAAACAGCCGAUCUGUAAAUACUCUGUGAACGCCACACACCACACACAACAAGCUGCAUGCUGAUAAACAUCACUGGUGGAAAACUUGUAGACUCAACUUUAAUCUAUGGUAAUAAAUGACAUAAGGAUUACUAGGAUUAUACUCUGUUAGAUAGAUGUCACAGAAGAUUAUUGUAUGUGCAUGCCUUUGCACCAGAAUUAACAUGCAUCCUCAGUAAUGUGCGGAACAUCCUGGUUCCUAUUUCCGAAACCAAUUCUGACAUGGUCAGAGGUGCGUUCAGCCUCUUAAUGAGUGAAAUCCACCAUGUCUCCAAUUCUCUUAUCACAGCCUCAUGACUAAAAAUGAGCUUUUCUUGACAAAGUCAAACAGGAAACAGAUGGAAACCAGACCAAAAUUGAUUUCACUCACAAUUGUAAGUUACACCAAAAGUGUACAAGGUGAACAUUGCACAUCCAGUCUGAGAUCAGUUUUCAGUGUGUCCACAGAACAUGUUAAUGCCAGGUGUCGUGGGGACCUAUAUUGGAUCUUUUUCAAUUUUAUCAACAUAUAUUUCUUUCUUGAAUGUCUCAUGUAACCUAGGGUUUUCACAUUAAUGAUUGUUUGUCUAGUGCCAGGUUUCAUUAUUUUAAGCUUACUCAUAAAAAGCACUUGUUUUAACUUUAAACUCAAAUGUAAAGAUACAUUUGACAGCAGGCUGUGGGGGUAGUCGGUCUGUGUUUUUUCCCUAGUUAUCCCCAGAAAGCAGGAUCAGUGCUCCACCUCCUGGUGUGCCUUUGCAUUGCAUAUACUGUACAUAAUAUUUGUUGGUAGGAAGUAAAGCAGCAGUAAUUCAAACUGUUCAUUUUCCCCACCUUCGUUAUCCCAAAAAAAGAAAAACUUUGUGGGUUAUUGGACAAGGUGAUAUGCCGUUUUAUUGAUGUAUCCAGGUGGUGGUUUUCUCUUCUGGGGCAGGUCUCACAAAGAUAAUCUUUGACUGGGUCUUAAUUAGAUCAAACUUAUAACUUACAAUAGUCAGACUUCAAAUUGAUCUUUGAUUCUUUGUUGUACAAAGCUGUUUAGAUAUUUACUCUAUGAAGUGGGACUAAUGGGUAAAUUAAGAUCUUUCGUCAGGUCUCUGUUCUGUUCAGCUUGAAAAUCUUGUACUCAGUGUCUCUUAUCACUCGGGUUUAGUAAAGUGUCCAUGAGCAAAAAGAAAAUUAAUCCAACACUGCUUUAUAUUUCCAACUGAUUACUUCCCUUUCUUAUAUCUCAAACCACAAAUUUAAGUCCUGACAACGGUAUCGGUGUCUUUUAGUCCUUGUGGGCUGGGAACUUGUAUGUGCAUGAAAAAUAUAACUCAUCGGCCUCAUGCUACAAACCAGUCUGAAAGAUCUCUGUGAAACCAGCCACUGGCUUGAAGACGAGCCUCCACAGCCAUUCUAGUUAACUCAGUAACAGGGUGAGUGAGUACUGUGUGACUCUUGUGAUCCUAUAAAGUUUGAGUUGAAUGGUGUGUGAACUGUUAGUCUUACUACGACAGUCAGUUGUCAGUACUGUAUUAUUUGAAAUUUACAAGUGCCUAAUGAAUUCUGCAUGCAAUUACAUCAAAGCAUAUUUAAAAAGGGUUUGUGUGGAAAAACUGUUCAAUUAAAUCUACUCAACUUAACUCACAGUUAGGAAGAACUAUUUAGCAAUGCCAUGUCAGUGCAUUAGUAUGUUGUGUGUGCACCUGUUUAGAUUUAGUCAAAUAAUUUUCACUUUUGUGAAAUUCACUCAGAUGUGUAUGUACUGUAUGUACAAUGUAUACGAAUCAAUAUUCAGCUUACUUUUUAUUUAGUUUCACCAUUAAGAGGAUUAAGUAGUGUUGAAUUAGUUAAAUGCACACAGUAAAAUACUUUAUGUAUUAAAGUAGAAUCUAAGUGAGUAGACAUUUUGGUGAAGUGUCGUGUAUGAGUGGCACCACGAUAUGCAAUUGGCCGUCUUUGUCUUUGUUUUAAGAGCAAGCAGAGGUGGCGUCAUGUCUCCUGAAGUGAAAAACUGAUGUUAAAAAUAGUUUUUACUCAUAUGAAUGUUCUCUUGAACAUCUUUUAUUUAAGUUUUAGUUCCCUGUUUUGCCGUGUGUGAAAAUAUCAACCUUUAUUUUUAUUGCUUUCCGAAGUCUUUUCAAGUGUUUUUCAAAAUGUGUGUGUACACGUGUGAGUAACAGACAAUCCACCAAGAGAAACUGCAUUUGUUGACUUUUUCAUUAUGUAUUUUCAUUGUGAAAAUGUACACAUUAUUGGAUAUGAAUAUAUGGAGUAUACUUGCAUACAGUAUUUUACUAGUUUAACCUUAGCUAAGAACACAUUUAAAAUGUAUUCACUUCUAUUUUACGAUGAAUGUAAUUUAUUAAAGUGACGUUAGCUCUGCCGCAGGUUCCUCAAAGGGCCAUGAUCUGUUGUUUUAGCCUUUAAGUCGUCUCUGUUGAGGGAUCAGAUGUUGGAGCAAAGAGAAGCUUCAGACAUUUCAUCCUUGUUACUGCCUUGUCACCUGUGAGGGAAAACAAACCUUUGUAUGAUCGAGGCAAUGGAAUAGUUUUUAUGUAAAAGAGUGUAUCGUACGUACCACAUUUUCUGUUCACUCCUCACAAUAACACAUUAGAUUGUACCGUCAGAUGUUUGACUUUAUUAAGCCAUGGUGAAACACUGUAAGUGAGCCAGUGCAUAAAGAAAUAAUCGGAAUUUAUUUGUUUUACAUAGUUUCCUCUGUAUGUCAACAUCUAAAAAAAAAUCCACCGCAGA